UGUUGUUGUUCCGCAGCAGCUCAGGCGGGCCUUGCUGGCUCUGCCCGCUGCCGAUGUUAGGCUGCUCACCCGCCCGCGGAGUACCAGCAGGACGGCCGUUCGGCCUGGCCUCCCUCUCGCGGUUCACCGCGCUGAGUAAUUCGCUGGCCCCAGAGAAGCCCGGGGCAGGGAGCAGCCGGGACGGCCCUCCCUCCCUCUCCCGUCCGCUGCCUCUGGUAGGCUGCCGAGCCUCCUGGCAGGACGAGGGCGGAGCUUCUCCCGACUCACUCCCUGCGCUCACCCCGGCGCUAUUUGCUGUCAACCACCUCCUGGUUCCCCGCGACGCCAAAGCGCUUCCGACACCGAUUCGAAGAGAGCAGGAUGCCGGUAAAGGGCGGAGGAAGGCUGGCCUCUUCUUCACACGACCACAUCGAAGGCUCAGAGAUGGAAGAGACGGUGUGGGAGCAGUACACCGUCACUUUGCAGCGGGAUUCCAAAAUGGGCUUCGGUAUUGCUGUGUCUGGGGGGCAUGACAACCCCAACGUGACCAACGGGGAGACAUCAAUCAUCGUGUCCGACGUGCUGCAGGGAGGACCUGCCGAUGGAUUGCUCUUCGAAAACGACCGCGUCAUCAAUGUCAACUCUAUUGCCAUGGACAACGUGCCUCACUCCUUCGCUGUGCAGUCACUGAGGAAAUGUGGCAAAGUGGCCAAAAUAACAGUGAAGAGACCUCGCAAAGUAGCAGUCCACUCAUCGAGGCAGCCCCAGUCUCCAGACGGAGACAGUCAGUAUGCCCCCUCCACCCACUACUACGACACUGACGUAGACAAUGCUUGGUAUAGAGAUGGAGGACAAAAGACCAACGCAGACAGCAAGCUUUACCUGGACAUCGAGGACAGGGCCGGGCAUGACUAUUACCAAAAGAGAGGGAACCGUGGGAAGAGCCAGGACAGGGUCUCCCCAAGUCCCGACAGGACCGCAAGGGAUGGAAGUCGGGGUCGUGCCCUAGACAACAGCCCGAGCCGUCACAGGCACCACAGCCGAGGACGCAGCCCUGGACACCACUAUGGCACAGAGGGAAGGUAUGAGCGAGGGGAGGCUGGAGGGGGAGUCAGGCGGUACAGGAGCAGGGACCGGUUGGACGACCCCUCUCCCGAACGCUCAAAGCAGUUGGAGCCGCUGGAGAAACCUGUGAACGUCCUGCUGGUCAAGAAUCGACCCAGUGAAGAGUAUGGCCUGCGCCUGGGCAGUCAGAUCUUCAUCAAACAGAUGACCAGCACGGGUCUGGCAGCGAAAGACGGAAACCUCCAGGAGGGAGACAUCAUCCUCAAGAUCAACGGGACCGUGACUGAAAACCUCUCCCUGCAUGAUGCCGGGAAGCUGAUCGAGCGCUCCAGAGGGAAGCUGCAGCUGGUGGUCCAGAGGGACCGUCGGCAGAUCCUCGUCCGCAUCCCUCCCCUGACGGACUCGGACUCGGACAACGAUGACAUCUCAGAGAUGGAGUCGUACCACUCCUACUCACCUCCAGGGGAGAGGUCUCAGCACUCUGAUGUAUCUUCUCACUCGUCGAAUGAAAGAGAAACACAGCGCCAGGAGCAGUUAGCUGCGACCAAGAUGUCCGCCAUGGCUUCUCCAUUUAAAGUACCUGAAGACCCCAAGGAUUCUCCUCAACUGGAGAAAACCCAGACGCACAAAGAAAACCCUCCAGUUGCUGCAAUAACCACUCCAAAGAUCCUCCUCCGGCCCAGUCCUGAGGAUGAGAAGAUAUAUGGGCCAAACACAGUGAUGGUCAACUUCCAGAAAGGGGACAGUGUGGGCCUGAGGUUGGCCGGAGGAAAUGAUGCAGGCAUCUUUAUUGCUGGUGUUCAGGUGGGCAGUCCUGCAGAGGAGGAGGGGCUACGCAUCGGCGACCAGAUCCUGAAGGUGAACAACGUAGACUUCCAGGGAAUUGUGAGGGAGGAGGCCGUGCUCUUCCUCCUAGAGAUCCCCAAAGGAGACCUGGUCAGCAUACUAGCUCAAAGCAAACCUGAUGUCUACAACGACAUCUUGGUGUCUGGUCGAGGGGACUCCUUCUUCAUCAGAACACACUUUGAAUAUGAGAAAGAGACGCCUCAGAGCCUGGCCUUCUGCCACGGGGACAUCUUCAAGGUGGUGGACACACUUUAUGACGGGAAACUAGGCAACUGGCUGGCGGUUCGAGUUGGCAAAGAGAAACAGCUGCUGGAGAAAGGCAUCAUUCCCAACAAAAGCAGGGCGGAGCAGAUGGCCAGUGUCCAGAGCUGUCACAAAGCUGGGACGGGUGACCGAGCCGACUUCUGGAGACUGCGUGCUCAGCGAUCUCUGAAGAGGAAGGAAGUGAAGAAGAGUCGGGAAAACCUGAGCAGCCAGACUCUGGCCACGCGCUUCCCAGCGUACGAGCGGGUCGUGCUGCGAGAGGCGGGUUUCCGCCGUCCUGUGGUUCUGUUUGGGGCCAUUGCUGACGCUGCCAACGAGAAACUAGCGUCAGAGAUGCCGGAGCUGUUUGCUAUCGCCAAAACCGAACCGAAGGACGCCGGCUCUCAGAAGUCUUCAGGCGUGGUCCGCCUCAACACCAUCAGACAAAUCAUCGAGCAGGAUAAACACGCCCUGCUGGAUAUCACCCCCAAAGCAGUGGAUACCUUGAACUACACUCAGUGGUAUCCCAUUGUCAUCUUCUUUAACCCGGACAGCAAACAUGGCGUCAAGGCCAUGAGGCAGAGGAUCAUUCCCAGCUCCAACCGCAGUGCUCGGAAACUCUAUGAGCAGGCGGUCAAGUUGAGGAAAACUUGCUCUCAUCUCUUCACAGCCACCAUUGACCUGAACGCUGCCAACGACGCCUGGUAUGGCAGCGUCAAGGAAUCCAUCAGAGAGCAGCAAAUGCAGGCGGUUUGGGUGUCUGACGGCAAGCUGGAAGGAGUAGAGAGUGACCUGGACUGCCAGGAUGUGGAGCGUCUCUCCUUCCUGUCGGCCAUGUCUGCCGAAUACCUCAGCAUGGACAGCCGGCUGACGUCCGACAUGGACGACACUGCUGACGAGGCUGGGGCCUACACAGACGCUGAAGUGGACGCUGAGAUGAUGCACAUCUCUGCCAUCAGUCGCUCGUCUGAGCCGGUCACGGCAGAGGAGAUCUUACGCAGAUACAGUCCUGAUAUCCGCAACCGUGCCAGGUUGAUGAGCGGCCAUGAUGUCCUGAGCCGGUCCAGCCCUCAACAUGGGCAUCUGCCGGAGAAUGAAGUGAAGGUGUUCUCUGGGGAGGAGUCACGUCUUGUAUCCAGCAGCCCUCACCAUCACCACUGGCCCCACAAGCCUCUGCCCCCCAGCUCAGGUCGGAUGUAUGACUCGGUGUCCAGCAGCAGUCCAGCCAGCAGCACCAACGAUCCUCCCCCGUCCACCUCCUCUCCUGGCCCUCCUCCUCCUCCUCCACCACUCCAUCACUUCAACUGCUACGACAAAUCACGAGCCGCUCCGGCUGAAGCCGCUUCACUCGGACCGCUCCGAGGGGAGCCAGUGGAGCGGGCGCUGACUAGUGGCGCUAUGCUAGCUCUCCGACAGCAAGAGGUCUCCUUGGAUGGUCAGAGCGAGGACCCAUCCAUGAAGUCCUUCAUGAGCAAGCUCAAAGCCUUUGAGAAGAUGGAUCACUUUGCUGGAGCUCAGCAGAUCCUGGAGAUGCAGGACUCUCUGGGAGCCAAGCUGGACGUGUCCCAGAAGCUCCCGGAGAUCUAUUCUGUUCCGUUAAAGUCGUCCAUGUUGGACCGCAGUCGACCUCAGCCCAUCGGCUCCAGCUACCCCUCUGAUGCUCAGACCCCGCCCCCCUGCGCGGAAGGCCGUCCCUGCGAUCCCAGCAAGGACGGCAGCGGAGCGGCGACGGGACGCUUCACUGCCAGCUCCAGCCAGUACGAGGACACGGAGCUGUAGGCGGGACCUGCAGCCUCCCCUCGCUCGACACUCCGCUGCUUCAGGAAGACGCCGUCUUCGCUUCGCUUCCAAGAAGCCUCGUGGAGGACCCACGCUAACGUCUGGUUUUGUACCCGCGACCGCGGCCGUCACUGAUUUCUGCCUAUGCAACUCUUCAGUUUGUGCACAGCAACUGGGACCUGAAGCCACAAGUGUCGACCUCACCACAACCUCAGAAGCCAUAAACCUAAGCUUUAUCACCCCUUGUUUCUAAGCUCCUGUAAGUACCCCAUACGCCACAAAGAAUACCUAUAUAUUACUACAGACCUAUCUAUCUCAUAUAUAAAUAUAUAAAUGUAUGACGAGUGUUUAAUAUAUAAACUGUUUAUACGCUUUGCAAUUCUGUAACUUAUGAUGCGUAUCCACCCCAGCGGGUCUGUGUAUGCUGGCUAUUUAACUGUCCAUCUAUUUAUAAGUCGUGUUUUUAUAAGUGCCUUUUACUUUCUUAGUCCCACGCGUUGUCCGGCUGCUGCUGCUGCUGCUGCUGCUGUCCAGUUUAAAGGGAAUCCAGGGAACUAAUGACACCAAAACCUUAAGGCUCCUCCCACCCUGUAGUCAUGUGUCCGGGUCCAUUCCGCCUGUUCUGUUCGCCCUCUAGAGAGCGCUCUGACACCUGGUCUUGUCAAGGUCAUGCCAGGGGUCAUCAGCAGCGGUGGGAACCUGAUGCAGCACAUCUGUCCCCCACAGACUUUAAUGCCACACUGAGUUCCACUGUUGAAUAUUUUUGCACUGAGUUUUUUUUUAUUUUGUAUUUUGAGCAUUAAACAGUUUGAUGAGGGAAUUUUGUGAUAUUUUAAACAAUUUUAAAGUCUUUUUUGUGAAGUCUGUGUAAAGGAAUUCAUUUGCAGCAUCUGGGACUUGAAGGACUUGCGAUCGAAGUUCAGCCAAUGAGGUUCCAGCCUGCUAGCCAUGUGACCAUCUAGCUAGCCAUCUCAGAUCAAAUCUCAACCCUCAUGUGUGGCAUAAAAAAAUAGGAUCUACAUUUAGCGAUUUCCAAAAAUGUCCUCCUCACGCAAAACAUGGUGAAAAGAAAGAGCAACAAAGACUGCAGAAAUAGUGUCUACUGCAUCUCAGUCUGGUUUAUCUUAGAUUAGAUUAGAUGGCCUUUAGUAGGCCCACAAUUAAGUGCUGACUCGGACGUAUUUCUGAAACAAACACCAGUUUCUAGUGAUGGGUCGGAGGUAUCGUGAAACAGGGCUGAUGGAACAGUGUUGUAAUUGACAGAGUCCACUAGAUGGCGCUCUUGGGUUAGAAAUAAUGAGGUUUCAUUGAAUAAGUUGUUCAAGUCCAAACAUUUUCCAGCAGACAGCGCCAUCUGGUGGCCUCUGGAAAUCAGGACACUGUGUCAUGAAACCUCAUCGACUCGUACUUAAACAUGGCGAUACUGGGAACUUGUCUGUGGACUCGAGCUGAGGCGUGUUGAGAUCGCCUUAUUUUCUUGUUCAAGCUCAACUGUGUUUAGAAUAUGGAAACACAAUUCAUCCUGUGGAUUAUUUGGAUUUAUUCUUGUAUAGAUUGUAUAGAGUUCACACAGACUUUCGGCCAUGCUAACAAAGCUAACUUGCAUUCGGAUCCAGGACGGAUCGCUGGGGAAUUGAGCCUCAGUUCUUUGCCUAAAUCAUGUUCGCUGAUGAUGUUCUGACUCCUGAAGUGCAUGGCGCUGCCCACCUGGAUAAACAAGCUAAAUGGAUGUGGAAAUCCAUGGACCCAUCUCCCUUAGAUGUCUGGCUUGGAAGAGGAGCUUCCAGAUUGGAGGUGGAUCUUCAUGGGCGGCGUGCACCCUGGGCAUUAUGGUUAAGGCCAGAUUUUUUUUUCUUUUCUUGUGUGGGUCACAAUUUAGCAACUGCACUAAGUAUAAGAACUCAUUUACUAGCCUUUGUGCAGUUCACCUCACCAAGAUACCUGGUGUCAGUAGUGUAGUCCAGAGUGGAGCAGUCAUCGUUCAGGUUCGAUCGUUAUUCCUUGAGUUCCCAGAUGUUGCUGUUUUUUUUUUUCUUUUUUUUUCACAUUUCGUUUCUUUACUUUGACUUUCAAAAGACGAUAUUUCAAGGUCUGAUGGAGCAGCUUUGCUUCCAUGUUGCAAAUGUUUGGACUCAUGCUGCUCCAGGGGGAGCAUGAGCUGUGACCCUCAUCACGUCUGACCCUGGUCACAGAGUGACACGUUCAUCAGGCGGACGUGUGCCUCCAUGCUGUGAAGGCACCGGAGGAGCAGGCUGUUCUCGCUCCACCAGACAGCAGCUGGAGCGUUCUACUCUCAUUGAGCAGCACAACACUUCUGGACCCUGCUUCCUCUUCCAAGCAGGAGCGACCCCCGAGCUCUGUUCCACUGAUAUUCCUCAUGUCGCCCAUAUUCUGUCUCCAGAGACACUACGCAAAUGUUUGGUCGGUAUUGUGUCACCGGUUCUGGUCACCUGCGCUGAGGUUUUAUACUUGAUUCCAGCUCCUGUUGUGUUUUGUCAGGAUGAGAAAACACUGGUUACUUUCAUCGAAUCAUUAGUGGGUCAUUUAUCCUUAUAUUUCUGCGAAUGUGCCAAGUUCUUUUUUUUUUCUUGUAAUAAACUACCCUAUGCAAAUCUGCAUGUCACUUGGUCUGGGCUUGCUUCCUCCCGUGGUCCAGCUCUGGAUGUUGUUGUUGACAUAAACCAACAUCUGGGAGGUGAGCUUGCAUCGGAAGAAACGAAUGAACAGAAGUACAUUUAUAAUAUUUUAAAAUUACAGGUGGGACUCAAUUAAAAAUAAGAUAUAUACUAAAGAGGGUUUUAACUGAUUUUUC